AUGAUGGGGUCAUUGGAAGCCAGUCAUAGGCAUAGGUUCGGACCAUCUACCAGCCUUGGUUUUCUAGGAAAAGACGGAUCGGGAUAUCCCCCAAAACACCCAGCUGUUGCACCGGGCCCUGUAACAUCGCCAGGAGCUCUUCUCAGCCCAACAAGCAUGUAUUCCGGCCAGCCAUUACCAUGCUCGUACCCAACAUCGUCCGCCAGCGCACCCUCUGUGCAGCCUGGUUAUAUCUCGCCUACGGAUUCGCGGCGCGUACUUGAAGAGGAGAAGGAGAAGCAACAGUCACAACCACAAAGGCAAUCACUUCCGUCCAUCCACGAGGCUUUAGGAAAUGAUAACCCCCUUCCGUAUCCUGCGCCCACGUCGGCGGCUCCUCAGCAGCCUCCUCAUGCGCCACAUUCGCAUCUUCUAUCUUCAAAUGUUAUAGGACGACCGACUGUCGAAGCACCGUCAGGACCAUCGAAUCCGUUUUCAAAUGUAAUAUCAUCAGGGCCUUAUGUGGUGCGGGACUCAGCGUACCCUCAACCUCAACUGCAAGCAGAAGCAUCUCGGGGGAGUUUGGCGUCAGUUACCACUCAAGAUUCGCGAAAUCACUCGAUUCAAUCCCUGAGUUCGGGCAAAUCACCCACGCAGAGUCAAAAAACGGGGAUCACGUCAAUUGCUGGCUCACAGACGGGAUCGGCGUAUGAAUAUAGUGCUCCUACUUCUGCGGGCAGCAUCGCCUCUCCCAAUGGCUAUGGUCCAUUUCCGCAGAACUUCUCCUUCCAGUCGCAGCCUCCACCAAAUGCGCCAGCGUAUCCAGUUGCGUAUGACACCCGACCCUACGGUACUACAUGGAAGUCGGGUGUGCCCGAAAUGGCGCGUGUCGAGGAAAUGAAGGCCGGACUUACGGGUCGUGCUAUUGCGGGACAGAUCCCGGGCGAUUCUGUCAAACGGCAUUUGGACGUGUAUGAUGUGGAGACAUCGCUCAAUGAGAUUGCGGAGAUGAGCACGCGCACGCUGGACUUUUCACGGCACUACGCUGCAAGAGCGCACCAGUCCCAGCGUUCUGGGCCCGUUGCAAUGCCCUCUCUACAGGAAGUGGAGGAGAUGCUUAGUGUUCAGCGCCGGAACCAGGAUGCCUUACUACGUAUACGAGCUGCAGUUGUGAGCCAAGAGCACGCAUUGGCAGAACAAAUGGCCCAAAGAAAAGCCUUCAAGGCCGGUGGGGUCCGUGACGAUGACCACAUGGCAAUGUACCAAGACGAAUACAAGGGUAGUGGCGGCUUUGCCGGACCAGAUUCGAAGAAGCGACGAGGGAAAGCAGCCCCCCCUGGCCGUUGCCACAGUUGCAACCGAGCUGAGACACCAGAAUGGCGCCGCGGUCCAGAUGGUGCUCGGACUCUAUGCAACGCAUGUGGAUUGCACUAUGCCAAGUUGACGCGCAAGAUGGGUGCCAAACAGGCAUCGUCCUUGGGUUCCAACCUUAAACCCAAGACUCUUGACUCCGCAUCUCCAACUGGCCGUUAA